UGCAGCGAAAGUAGUGGAUGUGCGGCAGUUGCUUAGCAAGCAAGACGAGCUCGGAGAUGAACGCAUCCGAGCGGCGUGAGCCAGGAGACGGCGACGACCGACAGCUUCUAGCACGCUUGACUUGGACCUCCCUUGGACAAGAACAGCUUCUCAGGAGUCGAUACCAACUGUACAAUAUACAAAAUGCUCACUCUUAACAUUCAACCCGAAUAUGGCUACGUCGUGCUUACUGCUGUCGGUACCUGCUUCCUGGGCACCUGGCAUGGCAUGAGAUGUGGCGCCUUCCGCAAGGCCGCCGGUCUGGGCUACCCGACCCCCUACGCAGACUCUGCCCAAAUGUCCGCCGCCUCCGCCGAGGACAAGCACAAGCUCUACCUCUUCAACUGUGCCCAGCGUGCGCACGGUAACUUCCUCGAGAACCACUACAUGGCCCUCACCACUCUCCUCAUUGGUGGUCUACGCUUUCCUCUUCUCAGCUCGGCUUUCGGUGUCGCCUGGUCGCUCGGCAGAAUCGUGUACGCUGUUGGAUACACGGCCAAGAACAAGGACAACGGCAAGGGCAGAUUGGCUGGUGCCUUCUUCUGGCUUGCUCAGCUUGGUCUUUUUGUCAAUGCUGGCUUGACCGGUUACAACAUGGCCUUCUAA